AUGGCGGAGAGCAAACAGCCCUGCUUGGAAGGCCCGGAUCGAGGCGAGAAAGCCGCCGCGCAGAGUCUCAUUGGGGCUUACGAUGCCGAUAUUGCAGCUCGAAGCCCCGGCAACCCCUUGAGCGCGGUGAACCUUUCUACUGCAAGUCCCAGCUCCAUAGAAGAGUAUGACGAACUGCGCAAAGAGGUUUUAUUCCGUGAGAGGGCGCUGGACUUUGAUUACAGCUGCCAGCAGGAGGCUACACCGCGUGAGCGGCUUGCUGAUGCCAUCAUCCGAGGGCUGAGGGCCCAGGACGAUGCCAAUAUCUACGGGAAAGCUCCACCUAGGACGGGCUAUGGGGGUCAACGUCACCCUAGGUUUGCCGGCGACCAUUUCCUGUCCAGCAGGGAGCUUAUUGAUCGAACGGAGUUAUUCAAAGUCGCUCAGCGCAUGCCCAAGGGCAGUCACUUGCACAUCCACUUCAAUGCUUGCCUGCAGCCUGACGUGCUGUUGGGAAUCGCCAAGGGCAUGGACCGCAUGUUCAUCAUGAGCAAUCUGCCCCUCGUUCCGGACAACGGCUACGAGAACUUUGAUCGGUGCGAGAUCCAAUUCCAGAUCAUGAAGCCGGAAAGGGAACGUCUGGGCGAUUUGUUCUCCGCUACAUACACUCCUUGGCAGCCCAUGAGGUUUCAAGAGUUCAGGGACCGGUUUGGCCAAUAUUAUAACAAGGCCACGGCCGAUGGCUGGCUACAGGAUAAGCUCAUGUUCCACGAAGAAGAGGCGCACAAUAACCUGCAGACAGCAUCCGGGGCAUGGGAAAAGUUCAACGGGCGAACGAGAAUGAUGAAGGGAUUAUUUAACUACCAGACGGCCUACAAAGCAUACACACGGCGGUUACUCGAGAACUUGCUGGAGGACAACAUCAUCUAUGCUGAGAUCAGACCCAACUUCAUGAUGAGCAACCAGCUAUGGAAGGACGACGGUUCUGAGCGCAUCGACAAUGAGGGCAUCAUGAAGCUCAUCAUCAAAGAGGUGGAGAGCUUCCAGGCGAAAGUGAAGCGCGAAGGCAAGUUCUUUGGCGGCCUCAAGGUUAUUUACUGCACGCCCCGGUCAUUCAGUCCCGAUCAAAUUAGGGAAGCCCUUGACGAAUGCCUUACGUUCAAGAAGAAGUGGCCACGGUGGAUCGCGGGCUUCGACCUCGUCGGCGAAGAGUCCAAGGGGCGGCCCAUCAAGGACUUUGUUCCAGAGCUCAUUGCGUUCCAGGAGAAGUGUGCGGAUCAGAACGUGGAGAUCCCAUUCCUCUUUCACUGCGGCGAGACCUUGGACAUGGGCUCGGAUACCGACGGUAACCUGGUCGACGCGCUGCUCCUCAAGUCGAAGCGAAUCGGCCAUGGUUUUGCGCUCGCAAAGCACCCGUACAUUAUGCAGCUCAUGAAGGAACGAGGCAUCUGCCUAGAGCUGUGUCCCAUCUCCAACGAGAUCCUUGGGCUCACCCCGCGUGUCAGUGGCCAUGCGAUGUAUCAACUGCUGGCCAACAACGUUCACUGCACCAUCAGCUCAGAUAAUGGGACGCUAUUUCGGUCGACUCUAUCACACGACUUUUACCAGGUUAUGGUAGGCAAGGCUGAUAUGGGGCUGUUCGGCUGGAAGCAGUUUAUCCAAUGGAGCCUGCAGCACGCCUGCCUCGAUGGCGCCGAACACGACCGCAUUUAUCGUCAGUGGGAGCAACUGUGGGAUAAAUUUAUCAGGUGGGUGAUUAAGGAGUAUGGCAAUGCAUCCUCGAGAAAUGGAUCAAGCCAGGUAGAGGGCGUUUGA